AUGGUCUCUAAUCAAAAGAUAAGGCAUGCUAUACUGAGGGCCACGGAUGCCAAACUGAGAUCGGAUAACUGGCAAUAUAUUCUCGAUGUUUGUGAUCUGGUAAGGGAUGAUCCAGAGGAUGGUGGCGCUUACGCAAUAGAAGUUAUUGAGGAAAGACUGGGGCAGCCAGACGCUAAUGUAAUAUUGAGAACUUUAUCUUUAGUGGUAUCAGUUGCAGAAAAUUGCGGCUCUCGGUUGCAGCAAGCAAUUAGUUCUAAACAUUUUACCACAGUGCUGUUUGACCUAGUAGAAAGUAAGACUACACAUCUGAUCGUAAAAAGGGAAGUCGCUAAAAUCGUUCAGCAAUUGAAGGAUUCAUUUAAAAGCGAUCCUUCUUUGAAGUAUAUUCAGGAUCUUUAUUUAAAGAUCAACUCCAAGGCACCUUACCUGCUGCAACAGCCUAAUGUACCUCAGAAGAAGGAGAUGAACGAUGACAACAAAAUUAGGGAAGAAAAGGAACUUGAAGAAGCUUUAAGACUGUCUCUUAUGGAGUACAGCCAGAAAAAAGAGCAGGAACAAACACCCGUAGAUUAUCAAAGCGCAAAUCAGAAAGAAGCCCAAGACUCGUUGCCCCCUACUACGCAGACAAUUAUCAAGAAGGUGAGGGCAAUGUACGAUCUCAACGCUCGCGAACCUGAUGAGCUUUCUUUUAAAAAGGGUGAUGUUAUUACGGUUAUUGAACAGGUUUAUCGUGACUGGUGGAGGGGGACCUUGCGAGGUAAAGUUGGAAUAUUUCCCUUGAACUACGUUACCCCUAUAACAGAGCCAACAGCGGAAGAAAUUAGACGAGAAUUAUGUGAGGAACAACAAGUCUUGGGACAGAAGCCGAAUAUUGAAAGAUUGCAGCAUGUGAUGAGAACGUCAAAUGGUGAUGUUCGGAUAACGCAGAGUGAAGAGGUUAAUAAUUUGUACGGAACGGUGACACCGCUUAGACCUCAAAUUACCAAAUUGAUAGGAAAGUAUGCUCAAAAAAAGGAGGAUUUAUCAUCACUCCGCCAAAUUCUUGCUAAUGCAGAAGCCACUUACAAUCAACUGCUGGAUCGAGCAGCGCAUGCUUACACCCCAAAUUUAGCUCAAGAUCCUUCCGCCGGCAAUCCUGGUUUUACGAAUCCACCAUAUCCUAUUCAUCAGCAGUCAUAUUUGUACCCUAAUCCGAGCCCUGUGCAAUCCCAAUCUGGUGUUCCGCAUGGUCAGGCAGUAAACUCUUUUCAUUAUUCACAGAAUUCUGGGCUUAAGGCAAAUGGAAGAAAUGAAAAUUUUAAAAAAGGGGCAUACGAAUUACCUUAUCCAAUGAGUAAUCAAAAUACGGGUUUGUAG